AUGGCGCCCGUCGACCUCGUCCGGCGUUCCGAACAGCGGGAAAUCAUCGCGCUUCUCCUCCCGCAAGCAAUCGGCUCGCAAGUCUCCUUGCUGUUCUUCGGCGUCUACAUCGUCCUCCACUGGAACUACGUGUCGAACGAGCUGUACCCGCGCCUGUCCACCUCGGUCAAGACGACGCUGUGGGCCGUUUUCCUAUGCACAACAGCGUUCGAGCUGGUCCAGGCGGCGGACACGCUCUACUGGAUGGUGACGGCGAACCGCACCGUCGAGCACAUCUUCAACGGCGUCGCGCUCGACUCUGUUAUCCCCCUUGUCGCCGCCUGUGUCGGGGUGCCCGUCCAGUGCCUCCUUGCUAUCCGAGCUGGUGCGCUCCUGCGAACUCGAUGGAUUCGCUGGGCUUUCUGGUCGGUUGUGGGCGUCGGAAUCGUCACGGCCUUCGCUGGGGCUGUCCUAAUGUGCGCGACGUUCAUGAUGUACGUCGUCGGUACAAUCGAGAACAUCGCCCCUCUCACCUACAACAACGCUGCUUCGAUCUGGCUCUGGACGUCGGCCUUCGUCGACCUCGCCAUCUCCAUCUGCCUGACCAUCACACUCAGCCGCCGCAUCCAAGGCUUCAAUGACAGUACCGACUCGUUGCUGCGCAAGUUGAUCAAGGUGUCGCUCAAGACGGCGGCCUAUACGGCGUUGUUGGCUGUCGGAGGAGCCAUCGUGGCCUCGGCGACCAACGACAACGACGUCAACGCAGCCUACGCACACUUUGCUUUCUGGUUCCCCCUCCCUCCAUGCUACGCCCUCUCGCUCUACACGACCCUCACAACCCGCAAAACAGUCCAACAACACCUCUCACGCGCCUUCGGCGCCGCCGCAGACCCAAACUCGCACCGCACUUCCGUCCCUCCACGAGUAGCGCUCGACUUGAGCGCGCUCAACUCGGCUCGGAGCGCGCAUCCGUCGCACGGUGCGGUUGUUUCGGUGAGGCUGGACGACGCGGGGUCGGAUGCGGAGGAGAAGGAGGAGGUGAAGAUCGUGAGGCGGGUGGAGGAACGGAGUGAUUGGAUGCCGUCUCUAGGACUGGAGGGCGGAGGAGCGAUACACGGGCUAGGAGAAGUGGAGGAUGUGCCCUUUGCGGAUCUACGGCCAGGGAAGGCGUAUUGCGCCGUCUAG